CAAUAGUAAAGCACCAUUCUUGGAAUUAAUUCUAUCUCUAAUCUCUAAUAUCCUUCCACCAAACGCAAAGCAAACGUUACAGAACUGCGAACGUAGCACACUGCUAAUACAUAAUUUUCUUAAUCGGUAUAUACGUGCCUACGAGGGGCACGCGUUGAGCCCUUCCAUUAAUAAAGAAAUGGAUACCAAAAGCUCUUCUAUUGACAAUCCCCUGGAUAAGAUGAAGAGAGGACAAAAUAGUUUUGGAGUUAUUAGAUCCCAUGAUUUCGUUGAGAUCUCUUCUCAAGAUCCCAUAUGCAAUACAUCUCAAGGGGAACGAGAUGAUAGCACAGAGGACGAGCAGAAUGAAAUUAUGGAAAAUGUUAACAAUGAAUUGGUAGUAUAUGAUCCAUCAAUCAAUGAUGCUGGUGAAAUUGGACAAGUUCCUGAUCCUGCUCAAUCUCCACCUCCAUCUUCUGGUAGGUCCAAAGUUUAUCGAUCUAUUGGAGCUUUUGCUGUUCAGUGUGCCAAUUGUUUUAAAUGGAGGCUCAUCCCCGAGAAGCAAAAAUAUGAGGAAAUAAGGGAACACAUAUUAGAAGUUCCAUUCUUUUGUGAUCUUGCUCGUGAAUGGAGGCCUGAGAUAUCAUGUGAUGACCCACCAGAUAUUACUCAAGAUGGCAGUAGACUUUGGGCAAUUGAUAAACCUAAUAUUGCUAUUCCCCCUCAUGGCUGGCAGCGGCUGUUGAGGAUAAGAGGUGAAGGAGGCACCAGAUUUGCUGAUGUGUAUUAUGUUGCUCCAUCAGGCAAGAGAUUCCGCUCCAUGGUUGAAAUUGAGAAGUACUUGGAGGAACACCCUGAGUGUGUACGAGAUGGUAUGAGCAUAUCCCAGUUCUCAUUCCAGACCCCAAAGCCUUUGCAGAAGAACUAUGUGGUGAAAAGACGUCCCUCUCAGUCUACUAUGCCUUCACAUGAUGACACUGCUCCUGUAUUUCCUGGAUCUCUUGAGCCCAUUGAAGCUAAUCCCAUAUCAUGGGUUGGUCCAAGCAGGGAUUCAGACUUGAAUGACGCCCCCAAUAAAAGGAAGAAACUAUCCAAAGGCUUGUUCCUGGGUGGUAGUUAGAAAACUUAGAAUGGCUUUAGUUUUUUUCUUUUUGGGUGGAUAGUACUUGGAGUCUCUAUUUAGAUUUUUUUUUUUUCCCAAUAUACCAAUUGGCUAAUCUUCAAUUUGGGUGUGUUGAAUUUGUUGUGACUGUGGAAAAAAUCUUGUGGAUUUUAUAGGUUGGUUUAAGGUUCAUUAUUCAAUGAAGUUAGGUUUAGCAAGUAUAUAUGGAAGCAAAAUUUUAUUGUAUAAACGAUUCAUUGUGUAUACUUGUUGGUAUAAUUCAUGUUUAUGAUGCCUAUGUAAAAGCUUAGGUACUAAGUACUUGCAUACAA